GUUGGUGCCACCACUCCUGCUGCUGCUGCUUCUGCUGUUGUUGGUGCCACCACUCCUGCUGCUGCUGCUGCUUCUGCUGUUGUUGGUGCCACCACCACUCCAGCUGCUGCUGCUGCUCUUGCCGCUGGCUGUCCGGCCGGUGACAUCGAGGUGAGUGCCGUUGGUGGGUGUUUGACGCCUCGAGUGACGGCGGUCUGUUGCCGAGUCGGAGCGAGUAUCAGAGACGUGCGGAGACUCGGAAGGGGGAGAUCGCGAGGAGGAGGAGGCCACCAUCAGCUACCACGAAGGAGCGAGCGAGUGAGCGACAAACACCUCGAGUUGCACGGAGACAGAAGACUCCGUGGGGGACAGUCGACUUGCCUCGUGGUGCCUCGUGUGCUCCGGCACGUCUGCUGAGAACCGCGCUCCCGACGGACAUCAACUAUCUGGCUCUCUGUCUGUCUGUGUGUGUUGUUGUUGUUGGCGUGAGUCUGCUACUACACGGACACAAGCAUCUACUUCCAACAACAACAACAGCAGCUGCAGCAGCAGCAGCAGCUGUAACCGUAUCGGCAACACCAAACAGCAGCCAAUCGCGUAGGGAACGAAUGGAAACUUUGAGUCUCCCGGUGAGUUUUGCAAACGAGAUCUGACCGAGAAGAUUGUGUUUUGAAGAUCGCCACCCAGCACCCACCCACCAAGAACAACAACAACAAGGCUUGCUGUUAAAGACCAAGCCAGGGUGGUAACACCACCACCACCACCACCGCCUCCUCGCCCGCCGUGUCACCACCGCGCGUCUCAUCACCCCGCGCGCCCAUUGACCUCUCCCCUGCGGGGGUCACGAAGAGAGCGAGCGGAGAAGUCCACAACCACCACCACCACCACAACCACCACCACCACCAACCACCACCACCAUGAUGAACAAAACGGACUUGUUCCAGCAGGCAGUGCGCUCGGGUAACGCCAAGGAGCUCGAGAGGCUGCUGCUGACGAUGGGAGGAGGAGGAGGAGGCGGAGGAGGAGGAGGAGGCGGCUGCUGCGACGAGUUCAACGUGAACUCGUUCGGGCCCGAGGGCCAUACGGCCCUGCACCAGGCCGUCAUCGACGGCAACCUCGAGCUCGUGAAACUGCUCGUGCGCUUCGGGGCCGACACGCGGCUCGCCAACCGCGACGGCUGGAGCGCCUUGCACAUGGCCGCGUUCGCGGGCCACCAGGACAUCGUGCUCUACCUCGUCGCGAACGCGCGCUGCAACUCGGCGAGGCCCUGACGGCUCCUCCUGGCGCUGGUGGCGUGGCGGUCGGGGGGUCACGCUGCGGAACCGGGGACCCCCCCCACCACCCACCCACCCACCCACCGCCUCCUCCGAACGUCAUCGGUGGACGAUUAUCUCCGAAGCGGUGACGGGCCUCCGGCUAGGUCGACUCGGCCUCAAAUGGGUACCCGGUGCGGUGUGGUAUAAACGUCGCCACUGGGGAGACAAAGGCGGCCGGGCGUGGUGCUGGCCACCCACCCCCCUCGUGUGCCGUGCCGGCCUUCAUAGGUGCUGCUCGCUAACAGCACUUGCCCCUAACAGUCUGCUAAGGCUACACGGGGGAUCUUUGUUUUGGGUGUUCGGUGGCCCGACCUGAUGGUGGCCGUCCGUGAUUGGCAGCUGACCGAGCUGCUGCUCGGCCUGAUGCUGCUGGUGCCCACGCUGGUGAAGAUCGUGGUGGUGGUGGUGGCAUUGGUCGUGAAGUGGUGGUGGUGGUGUGGAUGGGACUGAGUGGUUGUGAUGCUGUUGGUGAUUGAUAAUGUUGGAGGUGGUGGAGAUGAACGUGAUGACAGUUGUGCUGGUGAUGGUGGUGGUGCUGGUGACGAAUAUGCAUGCCGUGGUUAUGACUGAAUGCAUUGUGAUGGUGACUAUCGUGGUGGUGGUGGUGUUGGAGACAACUGCAGCAGUAGUUGAUGGCGGUGAUAGUGUUGAAGUAGCGAUUGAGGGGCACGGCGGUGACAUUUGCAAGGCGGAGGAUGAUGAUGAUGAUGGUUGUGUUGAAGAUCGUGACAGGGGAAAGCUGCAGGAAUCAUUUACGAGGAGCUUUGUCGACAAGGCGGUGACUUUGCGAUGGUUGUUUUUGCGUAUGAAACCUUGAACUUCUUUCGCACCGUACGUCGCCAACCGCGCUAAUCGCAGGUGCCUUCUGAGCUAUGAUGCGUGCCCUCUCUGUCUCUCUCUCUCGCCGGUGGCGUGACCUCUGGAUCGGCAGGUUUGGGAGUCUCCCCACGAUGCUGCUGAUUGGAACUCUUUAACAAAAAUAACAAUGUGAGAGCGUAACAGCUGUCAAUACUGCUUUUUCGAGAUGAUUUUUUGUUGUUAUUUUUUUCAUUAAUUUUGCUCACGGAUUUUUUCUCCUCCUCCUUUGCCCACCACGACACCGAGCCGCGCGACGCCGUGGCUCAAGGGGACAUUGCCCGGCAGAGUCGGACACCACGAACUAACUUGCUACCGCUACUAGCGCUACUACGACUACCUCGCAUGUACAAUGUGAACGCCUGAGACAGGGAGACGGCGAGAGAGAGAGACACACACACGGAGGGGACAUGUUGAGCGAGCUCGGCAAGAUGGGACAUUGCUCAGCACGUCCCUUCGAAAUGGUUAUCUGUGUGUGUGUGUUUGUGUGUGUGUUUGUGUGAGUGUGGGGAGCGGUAGUGUAGCAGUUAGCGCGCU